AUGGACUUCUGGUCGCGUCUGCUAGCUCACACACCGUUAAACUCGGAAGCCAACCGUAAGGACGCCGCAAAGGAUCCCGUCCGCCGGUUACGCCGCUUCGAAAAGGAAUAUAGUCAGCUUCUUCAAACAUGGCGAAACGCGUCGAGCCUUGCCCCGGACAGCGAGGACGCCGAGAUCAUCGAGGUCCGGCUGCAAGAACUGACCAACAUCCUCAGCGAUGAGUCCCGCCGACCACUGCCCCAUCCUUGCAUCGCCUUCUCCGCCACGAAGCAGCUCUACAUCCCCGUUGCCAAGAUCGCGACCAGCUCCUACAAUGAGUGGAUCAUCAGGGAAGGCGUGCUUUUCUUCGCUACGUUGAUCGAGAGCGAGGAAGAGGCAUUUGUCGAGAGCGAUGCCUUCGCCUCCAGCCUGACCAACCUCCUCGUCCGAAUCACCGGCGCCAACAGCAUCCGCCUGGGCGCAGACACAGAAGCUAGGGUGGUAGAGCUGGCUUUCAAUAUCACUACCAAGAUUAGGCUCGAGCCGGAGAUCCUGCCAGCCUGGUUCAAGUCACAGCGCAACCAGCCACAAGAAGAAAGGAACUUAGACAAGCAUGGCCAGUUUGAGGGUAGGACCCAAAAGCAGGACUUUCCGCUUUUCUAUCUCUUGAUGGACUACAUCCACCACGAGGGCAAGGUGGGCGACUUCGCACGGACGGGGCUGCUCUACAUCAUCGAAGCUGCCUCGAACUCUGUGAAUCUGGAACAAUGGAUCGUUGAAAGCGAUCUGUCGACUCUCAUGGCUACCGGUUUGGGUGCGCUAUACAGCCAGCUCAGCAGGAAGCUUGUUAUCGACCAUCCACCGCAGGAUCUACCCCCUAUUCUAGCCUUUUCGGACUAUCAGCAUCCAGUCUCCACAUAUGAGAUUGUAUCUUCAUGCUCACCCGACUUCCAGGCACACCUCGAAACAUUCCUUUCUCAUCUGCUCUUCUGGCAGGAUGUGUUGAAUCAUUGCAGGUCCGUGGACGUAAAGUCAACGCUCCUGGAACACUUCCAGGUCAUCUUCCUGCAACAAUUACUGUAUGCCACCCAACCUGCUGAGGUUUCAAUGCGUAUCUAA